AUGACAAUCUUUUAUUGUAUUAAUACCCUCAUUUAUCGUAUGAACAAAUUAGGAUAUACUCCAAUGAGAGUAUUAUCUAAUGAGUUACAUUAUCAUCAUCAAACAACAACCAUAAUAUUAUUUACCACACCACAACGCACCGAGAAAGAUAUCUAUUUCAGUUAUGAAGAUGAUAAAGAGUGUCAAAGGUGUCAUAGAUUUGCCGAUUUUUGCAAAAAUGCAUAUUUAAAUUCAAUGAACAAUAUCAACAUCGAUUUGUUACAACAAUAA